UAUAAAUGUACACCAUACUUCUUAUCUUUUCUAACCAAACAAACUGCAACACAAAAAAGAAAUUCAAAACAUUCAAUUUCCAAUUUAAUUAAAGAAAAAAAAAAAUGUCGAAUGUUGGAGGAUCAGUUCCAGUAAAGGUAGUGAUAAUCAACACACAAUACAUAGAGACGGACGCUAGUAGUUUCAAAUCGGUCGUCCAGAGACUGACCGGUAAGAAUUCUACAGUGUCGGUGGAGGACACAGAGUGUCUGCAUCCUCCACCGCCUAGACCACCCGUGGCAGCUUCCUAUAACGGGAGCUGCCACGAUAGUGGUAGUAAUUAUUGGGAAGGUCGAAAUGCUUGUAGUGGAGGUUCGAGUUUGGAGAGGUUGAAGUCGUUUAAUGAAAUUGACAAGCUGUUCAAAGAGUUGCCUCCUUUGGAUGACCUUCUUAGGGUUUAUGCUGACGAAUUACAACAGCAACAUACUCAGUAUAAUUCUGUUGGCGGGGUCUGGAGAUGAUAGAAUUUACGUAUUUUGAUGAGAUGGAGAGGUCAAGAAAGGCAUGUAUGCAGAUGAGUUACGUUAGAAUGCUUUCACUGUUAUCUAAUUCGUUCAAUUCAUUCUUUAAUUUUCUGGCUGAACUUCUGCUUUUGAAGUUCGAAAUAUACAUGGUGUAUUAAAACACUUCUACCAUUAUUUGAUUUAUUCAUUCAUUAAUUUGU